CCGUGUGGUUUAUUAUUUGAUUUAUAAUUCAGUUUAUUUUAUUUCCACACUCUGUAUUGUUAUACCUAACAUGGCCCCAACGAAAGCCAACAUGGCUAAUCGGGCUUCAACUAGGCGUAAGAAAUCCAACAACUUGUUGCAGACUCAACUAGAUAAAUACCUAAAUUGGAACUUUAUUAAGUACCUAGUAUUUGAACCGGCUGCCUUGCCCAUUGUUAGUAUUUUAAUUGUGUUGGCGGAGGCUGUUAUCAAUUUGGUGGUGAUAAAUCGCGUGCCCUACACGGAAAUUGAUUGGAUAGCCUAUAUGCAGGAGUGCGAAGGAUUUAUCAAUGGAACCACCAAUUAUGCUCUGCUGCGUGGAGACACUGGUCCUUUGGUGUAUCCCGCAGCCUUCGUCUAUAUUUACACGGUCCUCUACUACAUCACGUCUCAUGGAAACAAUGUCCGUCUAGCUCAAUAUAUAUUUGCCGGAAUAUAUUUGCUACAAAUGUGCCUUGUGCUCCGUUUGUACGCCAAAAGUCGGAAAGUGCCGCCCUAUGUCCUAGUUCUAAGCGCGUUUACUUCCUAUCGCAUCCACUCAAUCUAUGUGCUACGCCUGUUCAAUGAUCCAAUUGCCAUCCUCCUGCUCUAUGCAGCACUUAAUCUGUUCGUGGACCGUCGUUGGUCUUGGGGCAGUUUGAUCUUCAGUGUAGCUGUAGGAGUUAAGAUGAACAUAUUAUUAUUUGCCCCCGCUCUUCUGCUGUUUUAUUUGGCCAAUCUUGGAGUGAUCAGGACUCUUAUGCAACUGGCCAUUUGCGGAGGAGUUCAACUGAUCUUGGGGGCUCCUUUUCUGAUGACGUAUCCGUUGGAGUAUUUGCAUGGCAGCUUUGAUUUGGGACGCAUCUUUGAGCAUAAGUGGACUGUGAAUUAUAGAUUUUUACCCAAAGAUAUAUUUGAGUGGCGAACAUUUCACAUGACAUUGUUAGGAGCGCAUUUGAUACUCUUGCUGAUCUUUGCUAAACCCGCAUGGACGUACUUUCAGAGCUACGUGCGACUGCGUCUCGUGCAAAAGCACGUAGAGCCUCAAAUAGCUCAAAAGAAUCGUGAGCAAAAGAAACCAAAAAAAAUUGAAAAGGAGGUGCAAGAAGAGGAGAAACUAAGCCACCAACAGAAAUCGUUUUUAAAGGCCUUUGAAAAAACAUUGCAAAAAUCAGCUGGCGGUGGUAAUGCGCCGACUCUAAAGGACUCCACUCCGCAGCCCUAUGACAUUCACUUCGAUCAGUGCACUCAGUUGGCUCUCCUGCCAUUUUUCCUAUGCAAUUUUAUUGGGAUCAUGUGUGCCCGUUCCCUGCACUACCAGUUCUACGUUUGGUAUUUCCACACUCUUCCCUAUCUAGUCUGGUCUACUCCAUAUUCGUUGGGUGUGCGCUAUCUCAUUUUGGGCAUUAUUGAAUAUUGUUGGAACACCUAUCCCAGCACCAAUGUGUCCAGUGCGGCUUUGCACUUAUGCCAUUUGCUCUUGUUGGCCGGAGUAUCUCGCCAGAUCUACCAAACCCUGAGAUUGAACUCAGUCGUCAAGCAACAACAGUCGAACGGAUCGACUCUAAAAAAAGUGCAAUGAUCGGAAUUGUGGGCCAAAGAUUAUAACAAUAUAAAUGCAAAUUACA